AACGUUUUUCGUUUUCGGCCCCAGUGUUUGGAGAGAUGUAGUAAAGGGAACGAACGCCAUGGAACUUAAAAAUUGAUUUGUUUUGAGAAACAUUUCAUCUAGAGAGCAGAGUUAUGGAGGUGCUGCGUGAUGCAGAGGGGGAAAGUGUGAAGUACAAGCCCGGAGGGCGCUUGGACAUGAGCCACGGCUUCCUGAAGCACAUCAGGAGGAAUCAGAUCGCCAGGGAUGAUUAUGACAGAGAAGUUAAACAAGCUAAGGAGAAACAAAAGCGCAGACACACUAACACCCCUCGGCGUCCACGAAGACCCGACCGUCAGGUGUACCACCCACGUCACCGGAAUGGGUCUGAAUCUGGUGUGAACGCAGAGGCAGAGGACUGGAAUGAGAGCAGCUCCGGCACAGAGCAGGAAAACACCGGCACAGAGCUAUUCUGGCUCGAUUAUCAAGCUGACAACGGGCAGAUAACAUCAUUCAUUGUUCACAAGGAAGACAAGCCAGAAGUUAUUGUGGAGCGUGUGGCAGAAAAGAACGUUCUGGACUCGGCCAUGAGGGCGGCGCUGUUGGCACGUGUGGGACAGGAAAUGGACAAGCGCUGUGACAAACGCUGAGAGGAAUAAAAUUUUAAAUACAAUUGGAGAUAAAUAAAGUAAAUAGAGCAAGGCCCCGAGACACCGCUGAGCCAGAGUUAAACCUGACAUGCAUUUCUGUGUGAUGGCUCCAAGCGUGCAGCAUUCACAGAUGUCUUGGAGAUGCCGUGUAUCCUAAUAUGUGAAGGUGCAGGCUCUUGUAAAUGAGUGGAUUCGAAUCUCAAGAGAAUUAAGCAUGAAAUCAACCUUGCUUGAUAUAAAAUAGGAUGUAUUUUGGUAAUAUAUAGAAAAUAGGAAAUGAAUUGUUCUUUCAGGUGGAAAUUGAAACCAUUGUCACUCAUCCUCGCUUAAAAAAAGAUUGGCCAUGGUGAUUUUUACACCUGAGGUGGCUUGCUGGCAUUCAUAUUCAGAUGGUAUUUCAUAACUACAAGAUUUGCAUCGCUUCACUAGGUCCCACGAGUCCCUUACAGGUUUCCAGAUAAGAGUGCUUUUAAUAUUCAGUUAAAGCUAAAUCUCCACAGGAAUCAAGUCAAUGAAACCAAACAUUGAAUGCUUCCCAGGCUGUUUAGUCUAAGAGAAAGUAUAAAGUCAGCUUAUUGCGAUGAUGUUAGUGGAAAUGGCUGAGGAAGUUCAAGCUAAGUUUAAAGAAUACUAAUAAGGUCCUCAUUUCUCUAAUACGUGUAUCCACGCAUUUGGAUAUCUGCCUUUUUUCUUUGUGUUCAUGGAUAUUUUUAUUGAUACACUGAUAUAAAUAUCAUCUUUUCCUCUGUUGGUGCUCAUGAUGUUGUGCAAACGAAAAAAGACCGAUGUGUGUCUUUUUUUUCUCUCUCUGUCUCUGUUUUUAGCUCUUUGUACAGGUAGAUUUUUAUUUUUGUAACCGUAUUCCAGCUGUACUUCUGUGGUAUUGUGUAGAUUACAGCAUGAGUUCAGAUUGCAGGAUGAAUGGUUCUUUCUGUCAUACAGACAGAUGAUGGCAGUGUGCACUAUGUUCACAUCGUGCAAAAAUACAGUUUUCUUUAACUGCC